GGACUAUCAUGUUUUUAUUCCCUAAAUAGAAGUAAUUACUUCCAAGUUUGAAAAACGGAAUAAUGACACGGAUACCACAUGCGGAAGAACUAAUGACUAAUAUAUGGCUGAUUUUCAAUUUUCCAAAAAAGAGACUCGUUUGGACAAAUAUGUAACUAAACGAGGUGUGAAAUAUCUCCAAAGCCCCUGAUGAAUUUGCCCUAAAGUAUUCCACCUACACAUCUUAUGCAGCCAAGGAAUUGCAAUUCACCAUUCAACAAUGGCAGCCGCCGCCUCCUUCAUUCCCGCCGGCUCCGCCUCCGUCGAUCUGCAUCAAAGUGACCGCAUCCAUCUGCAUCGCCGUCACCGCCUCCGUCUGCAUCGCCGUUGCCGCCUCAAUCUGCAUCUCCGUGGCCGGCUCCCUCUUAAACGACGACGCCCCUUCGUCUUCAUCUCUGAUGCCACUUCCGUUCCAAUCUUCUCUUCUACUUUUUUUUUGUUUGAUCUCCAUCUAGCUAGGGUUGUGGCUAUGGCGGAUAUAUGAUGAGGUGGCUUGGGCUUCUAGACGGUGACUGAUUCGGAUUAAAGAGGUGGCUAUGGCGGCGAUGCGGCGGUUCGUCUCGCUGCCCGUUGCCGUUGUGCGAGGAGCUGAGGAGGGGUGUGGGGGGUUAGCAGCGGUUGUACAUGUGUUUGGGAGGGGGUGUGGGCUGGUGUGGGGGCUGGAUCUGGACUGGGGUUGGGGAAGGGGUUGGUGCGGGGCAGCUACAGUCACUGGGCAGUGGAGGCUGGCCGUCGGAGAUAUGGUGGUGGACGACGGUGGCCAGAGAAUGUGGCUGGAGCCGGUGACCAGAGAUAGUGGGCGGUCUCAGUGGUCAGAGGCGACAACAGUGGUCACUAUCGCUCGAAUUAGAUAGCGGUAAAUGACCGGAUCAUGUAAUUGUAAUUAAUCAGGUUUGGUAACGGGAACUAAUCGGUUGGUCGGGUAAAUGUAACUAAUUCGAUCGUGUAACUGUAACCGAUGCGAUGCGAUUGGGUAACUUUAAUUGGUCGAAUUUGAUAAAUGUAAUUAAUCGAGUCAGGUAACUAUAAC